GCUGCCGUCGUCGUCGCAAGGAAGCCGCUGUUCAUGGCCUCGUGCAUCUCUCUGCGGCAAGACGACGACCCCGCAGUGCAUGUAGCUUGUAGCUCUAGCUUCAUCGCUGGACAUUGGGCUACGGAUGUGAUGACGCUAGCUCCUGUUGGCUCGGCGCGAUGCAUGCAAGAAAGCGGCAGCUCGCAAUCAUGUCUACCUCACGCCCUGGCGCCAGCCACGGCAGUAUCUGGGUAGCUAGUUCAAUGCUAUGCUCUAAGCGGGGCUGGUGGACUUGGUAUUGCGUACAGUUGGCGCUUCUUCUGGCUCAAAUCAUGUACUACGAUGUACAAUAGCAAGAUAUAGGUCGACGACGAACCGCUCGAGUAGACUGCCUACGCACGGCCCGCAUCUCUCUUUUGACGUAGCGUCGCAUGGUAUACGGCAUGCAACCUCGCAUGAGCCACGGAUCGGUUUCCGCUCCAACGACCUAAUUGAGGCGACGAUUCCUGAAACGCACUUGGCCUUUCCCAAUGAACUUUUCCAAGCUCUUCAAGGCGCCACCGCCGCCGCCGCUCGAGCCGCCGCCGCCAGACGCCGAGCCCGGUUCGUCGCCACUCUUGAAGGAGUAUGUGCCCGUGCGGCAGCAGCGCCUGCCCGAAGUCAUUCAAGAAGAGCAACCGCUCGGGCGGCGGCGGUCGUCGGUCCUCGACGCACCGACGAUCACGCCCCGCCACGCGUCCAUUGCCAAGGUCAUGUCGAGCAAUUCGCUGCUCUCCGAUACGCAGAAAUCGCCCAUUCUGACGCGGAAGCCGUCGUUUGUCGUGCCCAACCUCGACAUGAAGCAGUUCGAGAAGGACUCGGAGCUCCUCUUGCUCAUCAACCAGCUCAAGGUCGAGCUCCAGCUGUGCCAAGACGAGAACGCUCAGCUCCAGAAGCAAGUCGCUCAGCACCCCAGCGCCACGGAUCAUAAUGGCCGCAGUGCCCUCGAGCAAGCGAGGUACUACGACGAGAAGACGCGCUACUUGGAGAUGGAGAACGCGCGCUUGCGGCAGAUGGGCUCCAACCAGCAGAGCGCAUUUGAAGAUAAAAAACGCAUUGCUGAGCUCGAGGACGCGCUCCGAGAGGCCAAGCACACGGAGCGGCGCGCGCUGCGGCUCGUGGUCCUCGCCCUCGGCAAAGAGAACGUUGUGGAGCUUCUCCAAGCGCCGGGCAUGAACCAAAAGACGCUGGAGGAGCGCGUGCGCCUCGUCGUCGACAAGCGCAAGCCAAAGUCCCGCUCCCGCGCGCCGCCGCCCAAGCGGCCGCAAAGUGCGUCGCCGACCAAGGCGCAGUCGGCGGCCGACAAGGCGAUCCAAGCGCGCUGCGUCGAGCUCGACGGUCUCUGGAAGAAGUACUGCAACGAGCUCACGGGUCCGUCCAAGGAGUUUGCCGACUCGCUGCGGCGCUAAACCGAGUCAAGUAAGCAAGAGGUGUAGCAGCUAGUUAUAUUAGUUGGGUAAAGAGUCGAGGGAUCGGCGCGCACAAAUUUAGUCGCAGACGAGGA